AUGGAUCAAGAUAUAGAUGUGAGCUUUGCGACUUUGAUCUCCAUGAGGAAUGCAUGUUCACCUCCCUCAAAACUUACCAUGAGUUCUUUGAGGAAUCCACCUUCAAAUUCUACAAGUAACUACCAAAGAAAUUCCUUAUGUAUGAUAAACUGCCCAAGGAAUUGUGAUGCAUGUGGAAAGGCUAUAAAUGGCUUUGUUUACCACUGUAAAGCAAAGGACUUGAAUUUACAUCCAUGUUGUCGCAACCUCAAGAAAAAAAUUAACAUUGGUUGUGUGAAAUUCUGGCUUCGCCAAAAGGUGUCAAAGAGCAUAUGGUGCAAGGAGAAUAAGCUUAAAGAUAGUGUUGAGGGCAUCCCAAGCUGGUCUUACGAGUCAAAGAGAAAAAAUUACCAUUGUCAACUGUAUUGCGUAAUGGAUAUGGUCCUUGAGAGCUGGAAAAAUAGGCCUAAAGAUAAUAAUAACUGUUUGGCAUUGGAGAACUUGGAGCUACCACUUCAACCUAAUUCAAGAAGUAGUGGAAAAGGUAGCAAGUAUUUGCAGAUAGUGAAGAUGUUCCUUAGCACCAUUUUAACCAUUCUUUUAGGGGAUCCCACCAUAGCUUUUGCUUCCCUCCUCGCGGAACUGGUGACUAAGUGA